AUGGAUAUUGGAUUCACCCCCAUAUGCUCCACGUUAGGUAUUUUGGGUAAUAUUCUGUCUAUGAUCGUGAUGUUGAUGAACAAGAAAUCCACAUCUUACCAAUAUCUAGCCAUGAUUGCUGUCACCGAUGUUCUGGUUCUGAUUCUGAAUAUAAUGUUCAUGGCAAGAAAAUUCCCGGGCCAUGAAAUUUUCCACGAAGGAACAUGCGGUUUGAUAUUUUUCCUGAUGUAUUUUUCAAUCCAUUAUAACGUAGCUUUAUUAGUGACAAUGACUUUAGAGAGAUUUGUAGCUAUCAAAUAUCCAUUACAUGCGCAGAAUUGGUUCACUAUCCGACGUGCCAGAAUUGUCAUCAUUGUGGAGGGAAUCCUAGCUUUUGCUUUCGAUUUCCAUAACUUCUUUACGAGAAAGAUGAUCACUGAUGAAGACACUGGCCUAGAGAUGUGUUCUCAAGAAGGUGAACUUAACAUUUUCUUCAUCAGAAAGGUCUGGCCAUGGUUCGAUGCAGUGGUAUAUUGCUAUUUACCUCUCACCUGUUUGUUUACCCUAAACAUUCUUAUUAUCAGAGAGGUAAGACAGGCUGGACACAAUCAAAGACAACUGACUAAGUCGAAUUCGACUGGUGGCGAAGAAAACAAGCAGACCACGGAGAAAAAGAAUCAAGAACGACAGAUUACUAUUAUGUUGCUUCUGGUGUCAUUCUGCUUCCUGAUAUUCGUCAGUCCAAUGGCGGUGAUUAUUGUUGUCGAGAGAUAUUACUGGAUCCCUACUGAACCUCAUGAUAAAGCUGUUUACCAUCUGGUCCGCACCAUCACCAACCACAUGAUGUACCUGAACCAUUCUCUAAACUUCCUUCUGUACUUCAUCAGCGGUCGUCGAUUCCGGGAUCAGUUUAGAGCCGUCUUUUGUAAAUGUUUGAAAGAUCAAAACAAGACCAGCAGGCCAAACUUGUACAAGAUUGAGGAUGGGAACAAAGCUAAAAAUCAGCCACUUGCAGUGAUUGCCCAGUCCACAAGCAGUGUUGAUAGCGGUAUAAAGAACAACAGUUUCAUCAGUUCACAAAAUACCCUUUCUUCUUCUGUUAGACCGGAAUCAUCCUUGUCAGAGACGGCACCGGAAGUACACAUUUCAUCAUCACCUGAAGAGUUACCUCCCCCACCCCUAACAUAA